AGUUGCGCGUCAGAGUUUGCUGCCACGCUGUCGAUGGAGCGAGCCGAGCCUGCAGAUACGGAGGUCAGACAACAGCAGGCUGGUUCCCUCCGUGGCAAUGCAGUUCGAGUGCACGAAGGUGUUGUUCUACAGGGCGGAGGGCCUGAAACGUACUCGGAGUCGUCUCCCGGUCGACAAGUAGAGCAGGAGAGGGACACAGAGGGAGGACAAGUUCUCGUUGAGGAAGAGGCGUCUUGGCGCAGUAAUGGUCUUGAGAUGGCAGCUUCUGUAGUCGGUGAAUCCUCUGAAAUUGACGCGCCUUCAGUAGUAGAGAUGUCUGUGGCUGUUUCUAAUGAGGAAGGUAUGCCCAGAAAGCAGCGUCGAUAUAGGACAACAUUUACUGCUGCACAGCUGCAAGCGUUGGAGGACUCAUUUCAGAAGGCUCACUAUCCUGAUGUGUUUACCAGGGAGGAGCUGGCUGGAAAGAUUGGUCUGACGGAGGCAAGAGUUCAGGUUUGGUUUCAGAAUCGAAGAGCCAAGUGGAGAAAACGAGAACGAGUGGUUGUGCAGCCUACUCAAUUAAAUGGUAUGAUUCCUGACCCCACACAGUCUACAGCAACACUUCAGUCAUCUAUGCCAAGAGGCAUUCCUGUUAAUACUAUUCAGCAUAUAAUGAGACCAGAGCUACACUCAGUUCAUCCUGUGGCACCCUGUACAUGGCAUCCUCAGCAGAUGCCAGUAAUGACAGUGCCACCUCCGAAUAUGGUUGUUACACCUGGAAUGGUUCCAUCAACUAUGAGUCCGACUCAAAUGGCUGCACAAGGACACAUUGCGUAUCCAGUGAUGCAUAGCCCAUAUGUGAUGUCAGGCUACCCAGGAGGCCCAACACAAAUGGUAUCCCCUCCUCCAGGGUUGGUAUAUCAUCCUGUGAUUCAAAUGCAGGCUCCUCAGAUGACACAGCCAGUUCCUGUGGCUGUCACCUGCUCGCCAAUCCAUCAAACAAUUCCACGAUCUGAGCUAGGAACACAGACUAGCAUCGAUACAUUGAGAGUGAAAGCAAAGGAACAUGCAGCGACAAUAGGCGUGCAUCAAGUGAAGACACAAGAAUAGCUUCUGACAACGAAGUCUCGAUGACAAAGUCGACAGGACGUUUGCUGGAAACAAACCACAUGUCCUUUGGUACUUGUUGAGUUACAUGGCUGCACAAGACGUACAUACAUUGGUUACUGGACAUUGUACUAUAUUGUAUUGUAUGCAUUGAGGAUUACUUCUUCAUUUGUAUGCUGUAGAAUUUGCUAAGAUGAAAAAAUCUCAGUGAUCCUACUUCUCA